AUGGCAGAAGAAAGACCUGAGCCAGUUGAGGAUAUAGAUAAACAAAUUCUCGAACUUGAGAAACAGAUCGAACAAGAGUACAAAGUAUCUGCCAUCGCCGCUCAAUACGACACAGCGGAAAAGCCAACCGCGAUAAUUCCAAAGCAACUCCAAAUCAAAGACUUGUUAGGCGCAGAUAUCGAAGAUCAAUUCGAAAAGUUGGCUGCAGCACAAUUGACUUGCGUGUUCCCACAACUGAAACAAAAGUAUUUGGAGCGUAAUUGGGAAGCAAUACUCUGUGGGGAACGUCCUCUACCCCCUUUCCACCCGGCGGUCCUAUCUCCGCACAGGGUACCGAAACUAUUCAAGAUUGAAAUUAGGAUUCUGGUCAAAGCCUAUACGAUCCUCGAAAGUAGUUUGAGUGUCUGCAAAAUCCCGACACAGGAAUACGUACGCAGCAUUGACAUUGAAUCGGUGCACGAACGACAAGAGUUCCAAUUGCAUAAAGCUUGUACCGCAGUAGCGUACACUUCUGAUAUCCUUCACAUUCCUGAUAGCUUGUUGCCGGUUACCAAAGAAGGGGUGCGCAUUGCGGUGCAGAGCUUCGCUCGUGUGGGCGAGUUAGUAUCGUACUUGUACUGUUUUGAUCCUCCGUUGAGUCCAGAGACUGUACCUUUGGAGAAUCCAGAAGCGAAGUAUAAGGAUCUGGACAUAGUUUUCCCUGUGGACGAAGCCGGUACUAAAUCAGUUAGUGGGAAGGAGACGGUUAGACGAAGAGAGAGAACACCUAUCAAGACUGGCACGGUUCUCAAGAAGAGAAAGAGUAGCGCGAAGAUUGGAUCGGGAAUGGAUGGUUCGAGUUCCACUGAAGAUAGUGGGAAAUCGAGUCCAGGUCCAGGUCCUAGAAGAGACUCGGUAAUAGACUCUAUUAUGGCAUCUGAAACUGAUUCGGAUGAGUCGAUCGUUACUGUUGUUAGUAUUGCAACUUAUGAUGUUGAGGAAGCUAUGGUUAAGCCUUUGAAUGUUGGUUCGCUAGAUGGCGAGGGAAAUCUGAUUGCGAUUGGGGAGAUUGGAAGUGGUUUGCAGAUGUUGCGGGAAGAGAAGAUGGAUAAAAAUCUGCAAGAGGGGUCAGAGCAUUCAUCGACUCCGAGUAAGGUAAAUGGGAAUGGCAUUGCGCCAAUGGAUAUGGAUGAUUCAAAUGGAGAGGAUGCAGAUGACUUUUCUUCGUCAUUGCGAGGUCUCAGUCGUAUUAUGGCGAGUAAUUAUAGGAUGUUUCGAGCAAGCAGGGAGGAGGAAGAUCGAAUCAAAGAUUCGGACAAUAAUGUAUUUGCUCAGAAGGAAUCAGUGGAUACUAAAUAUGGUAUUCCAACGAGCUUACCCCUGCCAUCAGAGAUUGUCGGCAUACCUGCCGAAGAUACACAAGCUGUUUGGCAUGAAUAUGCGUUUGCCGGAAGCAAAAAUGAGCCAGAUUCUCAUAUCACAUCAGCUGCUAGCUGCAUCAGGAAGAAUAGCUCUGAGGGCGAAAAUGAGCUGGAAAGACUUUUCAGGGUGGACUCGGUGCACACUUCGGAAAGUGAAAAGAAGGAUAGAUAUCUUGAUAUAAAGUUUACCCAUGCAAUCGAUAUUGAUUUAAAUCUCAAAGAGGAGAAAGAGCCAGAGAAAAUUGUCAAAAGCCCACAUGAGCAACUCUGGGAUGAGAUAUCGAAAUCUGUUGACAAAGCUCUUGAUGCAUCGCAAGAGAAUAGACGGAAAGAGAGUAUCCGAGGAUUUUCUCUCAAAGUACCUCAUUUGGUACAAGAAGCUAAGCAGGGUCUUUAUCGCUCGCCUUCUCCUACUCGUUCUAGCGCAAGCAAUGAGAUGGUGGGGGAAGUGAGUUCGUUGAAAGAGAUAGAGUUUUGUGCGAGUGGACUUAAGGAUCGUGGUGUGGGGGAAGGUAAUCUGGUGACGAAUAUUGAGGGAUUAGGCGGGGAUUGUUCGGCUCGGAUGCACAGGAAGGAUGAUCGUGCAAUCGCGAGUCUAGAGGGGGUUUCGAGUAACCUUGGGAGUCCGAUCUCGUUGUCUGUGAUGGGGAGGGGGGGAAGAGAUUAUGCUGAGGCUGGGUUGGAGAAAGAUGUGGGUGAGUUAUGUGUAGGUGUUGGUGUGGAUGGUGAAAACUGUGCAUCGUCGGACUCUCCAUGUCGACAAGUUAAAUUACGUGUUCCUGGGGAAGAGAUUGAUGGAGACUUUUCAGAUCACAAGGGAACUCGUGAAGAUUCUGUUGAACGUGAGAAUGAGCGCGAUAUUGCGAAUUCGGAGCGCUUCUCGCCUGUGCAUCAAAGGGUUAUACAGUUGAUGACACCUAAGCAUGGUCGUUAUCACACUGUCAAAGCAAAAGGUGGUAAAACGCCCGCGAGUUACCGGAUGUUUGAAUCGCAGGCACACGAGAAGACUGCAUCGCAGGAAUUGGGGGGUAUUGCGAUGGAGAGAAAGGCUUCGCAAUAUCCAGCGAAAGAGAGAGCAUUCUCGCAGCCUUGUUGGUCGAAUGAUUUGCAUUGGGUUCAUCAGUAUUCGUCUGGUUCGUUUAGAGCUGACGAGUCUAAGGAUUCGAGUGGAGAUGGGUCGGAGGAAUGGUUGCUGGGGAAAGAAGGACGUAGUGAGAUUGAAGAGGAGAUGGAAAAAUUCUGGAGAGCCAAUUCGGAGGGACCGAUGGCUCAGUUUGGGAAGGCGAUGGAAAAGAUGGAUACGGAGACUGAGAUUGAGAGAAAGAAACUUCCGGCGAUGGAUCGAGAGAUGAAGAGGAAGAUGGUGGAUUUGGGAUCGUGGAAAUUCACGACGGAUGAGAAUGGACGGGUUUCGAUGGGUAGCUCACAGGUUAAGUAUCGUGAUGUUCCUACGAUUAUACGACGUUCGUUGCCUCAGUUGGAUGGUCCUACUUCGCCACCAUUACUAGCGGUGGAAUCUCCGGCUGGAAGUACUCGCUCUCCAUCUCCUCGUAAGAAAUUGCAAAAAGUUAAUCGGUCAAAAUCGCCGAGUUUGAUGAAGACAUCUAGUUCUUCGCUGGGGAAGAUUUUCCAGAAUUCGAGGGUGGAGGGGAUGGAGGGGGGGAUGAGGGAUUUGAGGAGGGAAGUCGAGGAGUUGAAAAAUAUGGUGGGGAGGUUAGAGAGGGAAUUUGGAGGGGCUGUUGAGUUUGGGGUAGAGGAUGUUGGGAAGGUGGGAGGACGGUUAGGAGAUAAAGUGAAGGAUGUUUGGAGUGUGGUUUAUGGGAAAGAUUGGGAGGAAGGAGGGGUUUGGAUAAAUUUGGAGGAGAUAGAGUGGAUGAGAGAGGUUAGGGAUGUGGGAUUAUUGAAGAUCGUGGGAAGGAUGAAGAAGAAAAGUGAUACAGAGGAAGUUGCGCGUGUGGUGGAUGGAUUCUUGAAGGGAAAACAAAAUAAAUCAUUUGAGAAAGAUUUGAUGAUACCGAAUUUAAAAAAUCCUGAGCUUGAGGAUGAGGAUAUUUCUGCUCCGCAAAUCUCGAUGGAAAAACUCGGGAGUAGGGAGUCGGCGGUUAGUGGUGAGUUGAGAAUUAAUGAAUCUCGUACUACAGUACCGCAGCGAGUGAUUAGAGACUUGUCCGCGGAUGAGGUGGGGCUGGAGGGGGAGAUUGCGAGGUCGAAGGGAGAAAGAUGGGAUUUGAAGGAUGAGAAGAGUGAGGAUUGUGACGUGGGGAUGCUUGGUGAUAUGAGAGCGCGAGAUUGGAUGAUUAGAAGGGACUCAAAGGUAUCAGAGUCGGACGUGAGGAAUUGUGAGUUGGCGUCUGAGGUGCCUUUGUAUGCGGAUUGGACUGGGGGUCAAUCUGAAAGUUGGACUCAGUGUCCUUUAAGUAUACAAAAGCUUCCAGACUUGUCGAGUCUCGAAAGUAGAGGGGAUAUGGAAAAAGAGGGGAAGAGAAAAAUGGAGGAGAGCAGGAAGAACGAGACGGGUUUUGGAGGAGUGACUCGGAAUAAAAAGUGCGGAAAGCGAGGUGGUGAAAAUGAAUCGGAGUUGGAACGACUUGAUGAGGGUUUUGAAAAGGAGUGUAAAGCUAAUGGAAAGGUGGAGGUGAGAUAUGUUGAUAGCGAGGGGAAUUUUAUGGAUCAGCGAGAGGCUUUUAGAUAUUUAUCGAGCCAGUUUGAAGGUCUGGGAGGUGAUAAGAGAAGAGAGAAAGGAAAGAGGAAGGAGGGUGAGAGGUCGACUCGAAUUGUGGAAGAGGGAGUUGGAAUGGUGGCAUGUGAACACGGGUGUAUGAUUAUUGGGGGUCGGAGAUUGGAUGAUAUGGAAAUGGAGGGGUUGCUUGAUGCUGGAGUUUUGGGGGGAAAGGGUGCAGAAAUGGAGAAGAGUGAUUUUGAUGUAUCGAUGAAAGGAAAUGGAAAGGGGGUAGGAGUAGAAAGGGAGGUAGAUGCGGAAGAAAAGAUGGUGGAAUAUUUGAUUGAAGAUUUAUUGGCAAAACAGGAAGGAGAGAGAAUGAAGAGGGAGGAAUGGUGGGAGAGGGAACGGGAAGGGGAUAAGAUGGAGAUUCGGAGACUUGGGGGUGUGGUAGAGGAAUUAAGGGAGUUAGUUUUGAAAGGGAUGGAGAAGGGAAAAGAUAAGGAGGGGGGAAGAGUUUGUGGUGGUGAGAGGGGGAGUUUGGAAGAGGAUGGAUAUGAAGAUAAGGAUGAAAUGCACGAUUGUGAUAAACGGUGUUGUUGGUGUCAACCGAGUGGAAGUGGAAGUGGGAGAAAGGGUGGGAGGAAAGAUGGGAAGAAACAUGAGUGUGGCGCGGGUAAUGUGGCAAACAUGAGGGCGCGGGAUGUUUAUGGUGAUCAGGAUGAAGAUGAAGAUGGAGAUUGGGAUUCUGAAGAAAGGGGAGUGGGAAAUGGGAAUGGGAAAGGCUUUUGGGAUUGGGUUGGUGGAGGGAUUUUAUGGAGACAGGAUUGA